AAUACCGUGACACCGUCGUUGCCAUGGCGUCCGCACUCUUCUUCUUAGAUCUCAAGGGCAAGACCCUCCUCGCCCGAAACUAUAGGGGUGACAUCCCCAUGUCCGCCGUCGAAAAGUUCCCCGUCCUCCUGUCAGAAGCCGAAGAAGAGUCUUCAGCCGUCCCGCCAUGCUUCUCCCACGAAGGAAUCAACUAUCUGUACAUCCGCCACAACAACCUAUAUCUCCUGGCGCUGACGAAGCGCAACACCAACGCCGCCGGGAUCCUGCUCUUCCUGCACAAGGUCGUCGAGGUCUUCACAGAGUACUUCAAGGCCUUGGAAGAAGAGUCCAUCCGCGACAACUUCGUCGUCAUCUACGAGCUCCUCGACGAGAUGAUGGACUUUGGGUACCCCCAGACCACUGAAUCCAAGAUCCUGCAAGAGUACAUCACGCAAGAGUCGCACAAGCUCGAGAUCCAGGCCCGCCCGCCCAUCGCCGUCACCAACGCCGUGUCGUGGCGAUCCGAGGGCAUCCGCUACCGCAAGAACGAAGUCUUCCUCGACGUCGUCGAGAGCCUGAACCUGCUCGUCAGCGCCAACGGAAACGUGCUGCGGAGCGAGAUCCUCGGCGCCAUCAAGAUGAAGUGCUACCUCAGCGGCAUGCCCGAGCUGCGGCUGGGGCUCAACGACAAGGUCAUGUUCGAGACGACGGGCCGGUCCACGCGCGGCAAGGCCAUUGAGAUGGAGGACGUCAAGUUCCACCAGUGCGUGCGGCUGUCGCGCUUCGAAAACGACCGCACAAUCUCCUUCAUCCCCCCCGACGGCGAGUUCGAGCUCAUGUCGUACCGCCUCAACACCCAGGUCAAGCCCCUGAUCUGGGUCGAGUGCCUCGUCGAGUCCCACUCCGGCUCCCGCAUCGAGUACAUGCUCAAGGCCAAGGCCCAGUUCAAGCGACGAAGCACGGCCAACAACGUCGAGAUCAUCGUCCCCGUCCCUGACGAUGCCGACUCCCCGCGCUUCCGCACCAACAUUGGCUCCGUCCACUACGCCCCCGAGCAGAGCGCCAUCGUCUGGAAGAUCAAGCAAUUUGGCGGCAACAAGGAGUUCCUCAUGCGCGCCGAGCUGGGCCUCCCUAGCGUGAGGGGAGACGACGAGCACGGUGGCGGCAUGACGGGCGGCUUUGGAGGCAGCAUGGGCGGCAUCGGUGGCAAGGGCGCCAAGAGGCCCAUCCAGGUCAAGUUUGAGAUUCCCUACUUUACGACGAGUGGCAUCCAGGUCCGAUACCUCAAGAUUACCGAGCCCAAGCUUCAAUACCCUUCUCUCCCAUGGGUCCGAUACAUUACGCAGUCUGGCGACAUUGCUGUUCGUCUGCCUGAUGUAGUCUGA